AUGAGGUGUCUACCGCUCACUCAGUCAAUUCUUCUGGCUGCCAUCUCGGUUUUUCCGGCAGCUGCUAUCACACCUUUACCAGCAAGUUGUGGACAGAACCUAUUCGCGAACCCAUCGUUUGAGAAUGGAGUCACAGCAGUUCCCGGAUGGACUUACCUGUAUUUCACUCCCGGAGAGUCCACCGACCAGCACAGUGAUGGAGCAAAGUCCAUGUCAAUACUCACAAGUUCAUCGGCCAACAAUUUCGGACAAACAGUGUACGGACUGGACGCCACCCAACUAUACGACAUCAGUAUCGACUAUAAAGUUAUUGUGAACCCCAGCGCCGCGACCGGAUUCACAUGUUACCUCUCUUUCUACCUGUCUUUUCCUCAAGGCUUAGUCUAUCAAAGCGGUCCUUUGCCAUUCACCGUAGAUGGCAAUGACAAUGGAUGGAGCACGUUUAGGACUUCUGGAAUGCGACUGCCGUACCCAAGCGGUGUAUUCAUUGGCAUUAAUGCUUACUGCAUGGCGCCAGCGGGAGGGUCCAUGAACGGGGCAGGCACUCUCUAUUUCGACAACGCCAGAAUUGUAGCCCCAUGCCCCGUGUCGUCAACGACUGACAUCCCCACCCCGUCCACGCCAGCAUCGACUCCUUCGACAGACUCGCUAUUUUCUACUCCGACUCCUGUGGCCUCUUCAACUUCUGAUCAGCUGGCAUCAACAACUCCUGCAGACUCAUCAACCACCCCCAGCUCCUCGACUCCGGGUACAGAUGCUGUUACUCCAACAGUAAUGACGCCAGAUUCAUCUAUCACUACACCAGCCGUUACACCCACCACCCUCUCGACUGUAACGACGCCUCUCUCAUCCGCAGAGAGCCCAGUGUCUGAUUCGAACUCCAAGACCUCGACGCCGACAGAUCUUGCCUCUGCACCGACACCAACACCUUCCCGUAGACCUUGCAGGAGCCGCCGCGUUCGUAGAUCUGAACUGGCGUCUGAGAUGGAAAUCUAG